GUGCAGCUGGAACUGGUCGGAACCGCCUUUUUGGCCGCGGCCAUGGAACGCGCCAUGGAAGGCUACAGGAAGGAGAGAAAAUGGGCGCUUUGUGCCAUUUUGACGCCGUGCGCCGCCUUUGUUGGUGCACAGGUGAGCUGCGGCUUCCGAGAGGUGGCCCCGAAGAGGGCGCGCAUUCAGCGGAGAGCUGAUCCAGAUCUGGGCUCGAUUUACAUCGAGCCAAUGGACGUGGAGCCCUCCUUCGCUUGGUCCCGCAUCGCGGAAGUGCAGCAACGCCUCCGGAGUUACACCGACUUGAAGUACAACCAACGACCGGCCGUGGACAACCCUGCCUUGCUCUGGUGGUUUCUCAGAGAUCGACGGCUAGAUGUGAACGAGGCCACCGAGAAGCUGGUGAAGUGCCUGCGAUGGCGCCGGGCCUUUCGUGUGGAGUAUCUGGGCCCGGACAUGUUCGUCAAGGAGCUGCGCUCGGGCAAGGGCUAUGUGCAUCAGCACCCGGACAUCGCGGGGCGGCCGGUGAUGGUGGCUAUCGCCCGCAGGCACUCCAUCUUCCACCGGGAGUUGCUCGAAAGCUCGCGGAUGUGCACCUGGAUGCUGGAGACCACGCUCCAGAAGCUGUCCAUGCUGGAGCCCCCCCGGCCUGGCGACUCGCACCAGGAGAUGGAGCCGGAGCAAGCCCUUGGCAUCUUCGACCUUCGGGAGUUCUCCCCUUUGCAGGCAGACCUGGAGGUGGCCGGGUUCUUGAUUGAGGUGCUGUACAACUACUACCCUGCGCGCACUGGGAAGGUGCUUUUGGUCGGGGCGCCGGACUUGUUCAAGGCCUUCUGGGACAACAUCAAGCCCUUGCUGGGAAGGUAUUCCAAGCUCGCGGACUUUGUCACGGUGGAGGAGCUGCGGCACUACUUCCACCCGGGCCUCGAGCCGCCCGAGUUCGCCUCCGCCUCAGCCACCGCCCGCCGUGGCCUCGGCGCGCUCGGCGGACUCGGCGUCGGCGUCGGAAGCCUCGGGGCGGCGGUGCUGGCGGGGUGCUGGGCCCAACGAGGCCGGGCGAGGAAGAUCUGA